CCAGCCUAGAGAUUGAACCCCAGGACCUUUUGCAUGCAAAGCAGUUGCUCAGCCACUGAGCAGCAGCUCUUUCCCUCGUUAAUGUCUGUGUUUCAAACUAAGCUCUUUGAAUCAGAAAGUUCCACAUAUACCUACUUACUGGCAGAUUUGAAGACCAAGGAGGCGGUUCUGAUAGACCCAGUUCUGGAGACAGCCAGGAGGGAUUCGACCCUGGUGAAGCAGCUUGGUCUGAAUUUGGUAUAUGCAGUCAACACUCACUGCCAUGCAGACCACAUCACAGGCACCGGAUUGCUGAAGAAGCUUCUCCCAGGCUGCCGAAGUGUCAUCUCCAAACAUAGUGGCGCCUCUGCUGACCUCUUAAUCCAGGAAGGGCACACCCUCAAAUUUGGGGAUUUUGCCCUGGAAGCUCGUUCCACCCCUGGGCACACAGACGGAUGCCUGACGUAUGUGCUGAAUGACAAAGGCAUGGCUUUCACUGGCGAUGCCUUGCUGAUCCGGGGUUGUGGACGGACAGACUUCCAGCAAGGCAACCCAGAGACCCUGUAUCAGUCAGUCCACGAAAAAAUCUUCACACUCCCUGGCCACUGCCUAAUCUACCCUGCCCAUGACUAUACCGGUAAGUCGGGGUCUCAGAUUUGCUGCUGGGGGGCGGGCAGCACUGUGGUACAACGGGCACUGGAUGACAAUGCAUGUUCUCACUCAGUUCCUCAUUUUCCUUAAAUAUCUCUGUUGCGAUCAACACCAUGCCUUCUGGUUCUCUUGGAGACCAAUAGAUUUACUGUGCUAGAAACUGGAGACCCCCUUCAACAGAUGCACAAAGUGUUGUGUUGUUUUUGUUGAAUGAAAUUUUAUCAACCACUUCAUAUCCCCCAAAAAGCGAUGUGCGAGGAUUUAAAACAUCAGUAUGCAACUGAGCAGUAUACAGAUAGAAAGGAAGGCAGAUUGUUCUACGGUUCACAGUGUGCAUGGCUGGAAUCAACUCAUAGGAAGGCUUCUUUAAAUAAACGUCUCCAGACUAAGGACUGCUUCACUAGUGUGUUUCGUACAUGAGAGUGAAGCAGCACUCAGCAGAACUGAACCCUCCUCUCUUCAGUGCAGUCGGAAGUGAGGGUGGGCCAUAUGCUUAUUUAGGGUUAACUGUAUGCUUAAUUAGGGUUUUAAAAGAACCCUAUUUAAACAUUAACCCCACACCCUGACUUGAUUUGGGCUCAGGUUGAUCUGGGUGUUUCUCAGAUCGGGGCGGGGUGUGCACACCUGACACACACAAACACAGAGAGAGAGAGAGAAUGAAUAUACACAUUAGGGCUUCAACUUUUUUACAACCUCAUGUUCCUGUUGUGUAGUUAGAUGAACCUUUGGUUAAAAACAAAAAGAAUGAACUUUCAUUUCCAAAUCUUUUGAAAACAGGUCUUCCCGAAAUAAAUGUCAAUUUUUUGCAUAUGUAACUAUAAUGUGUCAUGUAAUAUGCAUAGCAUUUAUUAUAAUACAGGAAAAAUAGAGCUUGCAAAUUACUUGUACAACGUUUUGUACAUUGUACAAUGCACAUCACUUCUUAUUGGCUGUCAUAAAUCGAGAUUGUGGUUUGUCUUUCCUUUUGCUGCAGGCACCAUAAAGUUCAUCCCUUUAUGAUGCAGGAAAUCAUUGGGGGGGGUUGAGGG